UUUAAUUCUGACCAUUGUUGUUGUAGGUACUGUUCUUUGCAAAUUGAAAAUUAUUUUCUACGUCAUACAACCGCCACUGUUCUCGUUUUAAUUAUUCGGAAGCCUCUCAAUAUAAUUAAGAAAAUACUGUAAUUAUUAUUUAGGAACUUUUUCAACAAAACCCAGUAUCAAAUACCUAUGAGGUAACGUUUGUUUGAUGAUGAUGUUCGUUUUUGUUAGCUAUCUUUUCGCUGUAUUAAUUGGGCUCGCAACAUGCCAGGGCAGUUUAGAUGGACCUACUGUUAAAAUUCCACAAGGACUUGUGCAAGGCAUCUACAAAAAAUCUUAUAAAAAUAAGACAUAUUCGGCUUUUGAGGGGAUUCCUUAUGCAGUACCACCUGUUGGAGACCUACGAUUUAAGCCUCCUCAAGCAGCUGCAAAAUGGACAGGUGUGCUAAAAGCCAACAAGCACUACGAAUGCCUACAUUUCUUGCCUUUGGUGAUUGUUGGACCUCGAGGUACCGAAGAUUGUCUAUACGCGUACGUAUACGUACCACGUGAAACCAUAAACCCAAACGAACUCCUCGAUGUCAUAGUUCAUAUCCACGGAGGUGCCUUCAUGAUGGGCUCGCCAAAAUUCAUGGUAGGACCUGAAUUUUUAAUGGACAGAGACGCCAUAGUGGUCUCCAUGAAUUACAGAUUGGGUAUUUUGGGAUUUUUAAGUACCGAAGAUGACGUGGUUCCUGGCAAUAACGGUUUGAAAGAUCAGAGUUUAGCUCUGGAAUGGAUAAAGCAUAACAUCAAAUAUUUUGGUGGAAAUCCUGCUUCCAUUACCAUUACCGGUCUGUCUGCUGGGGCAGCAAGUGUGCAUCUGCAUUAUUUUUCUCAGUUGUCAAAAGGGUUGUUUCAUCGGGGAUUUUCUCAAAGUGGUACGGCAUUGAAUUGUUGGGCACUAACUGAAAAUCCUCUGGAAAAAGCCAAGGCUGUAGCAAAAAAUGUCAGCUGUACCACUUCAUCCUCCAAAAAAAUGGUGGAAUGUUUGAGACAAGUCGAAGGAAAUGCUUUGAUUCAGGGCUUGAGAACUCUUUUUGUGUAUAUGGAUGCAGUACCAAUUACACCAUUUGGUCCAAUUGUUGAAAAAAAUCCAAACGGGGCAUUUUUGAGUGAACAUCCAUAUAAAAUGCUUCAGAAGGGGGAUGUUUAUGAUGUUCCAUGGAUAACUUCAAAUACGAAAGAUGAGGGUCUAUUUCCAGUCGGACUUAUUUUUGCUGGUAAAAAAUUUAGCGAAUUCGAGGAAAAAUGGUACGAUAUAAUGCAAUAUGCCUUAGAAAUGCAUUAUACUGUAAAACCUUCUUUACACAGAGAAGUUUUAUCAAAUAUCAAAAAAUACUAUUUCAAGGAUCAACCGAUUUCUGAGGAUAAUAUGUUUUCUUUCGUAAAGCUAUUUUCAGAUAGAAUGUUUUUGGUAGACGCUGAAAAAUCCGUAAGAAUGCACGCUAAUGCUACCCAAUCCGAAGUAUAUUAUUACCUAUUUUCCUACAUCGAAGAUAUGCCACAUUUCCCGUUCGGAAUGCCAAAAGGUGCCAGUCACGGCGAUGACGGAAGACUUAUGUUCAAAAUGUUUUUAACGCCACCUAAAUUGUCCGAUAAUGAUGAGCAAAUGAUGGAAUAUUUUGCUGAUUUUAUUAUCAAUUUUGCUAGAAAGGGAAUACCAUCGAUGAAGUCGGUGGAAUGGUUGCCGGUGAAACCAGAUAAAGAUUCAAACAUUAAUUACCUGCAAAUAGCAGACCCGGAUACUAUUUCUAUGAAAUCAGUCGCUAGGCUAGCUCCGGAUGACUUUUGGGAUAGUUUACCUAUCAGAGAGAAUGAAAAUGCUAUGGCAUCGUCUUCUGAUAUGGUACAAGGAAAAUUUGUCAUCAUAAGUAUUGUAUUGUUUGUAAUAAAUGCGAUUUAGAAUUAUCAUGAUUUCAUGAAUUUACAUACCUACAUAGGUGUACAGAAG